AUGGACCUCCAGAAUCUCGUCAGGGAACGGGGUUUUCUUCCAGGACGACAGAUUUGCAUCGCUCAGGCUCAGCCCAAGAGAAGACCCGGAGUGAAGGAGUAUCACGAAAUUCGACACCGAGAAGAAGUUUACAGCAGCAAUGGAUUUAAACCUGGGCGAAGUCCACGGACGGGUAAGUUUGUCAUCGGUAUCAACCAUGAUAAGAGAGGCUUGGGUCAAAGAAGGACACCAAGAAGUCUUUCAACAGAUACACAGCAGACGCAUUUGAAUGAAAGCGAUAGCGAUGAUGCAAAUGCAAAGUUGCUGCGCAGCAUCAAUCAAGCCUCUGCUAUGUACAACAAAGAAUCACAAGAAAGUCCAGGCCCCCAUAUGGCAGCGCCUGCAGAAGAAUUCCACCACGAAUAUCCACAUGGAAGUCAGCCAGAGUACACUUCACCACAUUCACCAUUAAAACCACUCUCUCAUCUAGGCAGUCCGGAGUUAGGAGAGCGCUUUACUGAAAUGGACGAUGUAGAGCAGGCAUCUGAAAGCCGCUCGGAAAUUGACAGAGAUACUGCGAAUUCUGCACCACACUCAGAGAGACUCCCAGCCACAGACAGUUUCAUGGGAAGCCCAGAACUGCAGAACUCGCCCUCACCUGGCCGAAUGCUAGCCACAAAGGAAUUACUUAGGGAAGUCGUAGUGGAGGAAUUUCAACAGUCUACGAGCAAUCCAGAAUCACUUGCCUGCGGAGAGGAUGGCUCAAACGAGCGCGGAGAUGUUACACCGGAUAUGAAGCUCCUGGAAGCAAUCUUCAGGCCACUCGUGGAGGAGAUGCGAGUUGGUCAGGAAUAUCUCGUGGCAGGAUACUUGACUCGUGCACGAAAGGAUGCCAUGGAGUUUUCAGGUCCAAAAAUAGACAAGAGCUUGCCAGACCCCUUCGCAGCAGCAAACACCGUUCCAACUAAACAAUCUUCGUCGUUCAAUCCACUUCGUCGGGUAAAGAUGGAAUCGAAAGUUGUCAAUGCACGCAACAAGGCGCCUCUGAAUGAGUCGCAAGCUAUAGCGUUUCAAUCAGAUACUCAGAGACUACCCAAGUACAACAGUAUUGUUCGUCUGGGUUUGAAUAUUCUUGCACCAAAUGACAAGGAUCUAAGAUAUCUACCCUACUUCCCUUCAGAAGAAGAAAAAGACGGGGCAGAUGCAGCAGACCAUAAACGGCGUGAGGAACUUCUUGAAGGCUUUGACAACCGGAUCAAGUUUCUGCCACAGGAGAGAAAAUGUGCUGAGCAAGCCGACUUUUGGAAAGAACACGCCCAGUACUUUUUAGAGGAAGUUGGCUGUACUUGUGUUGAUGUCAUGUUCUACCUGUUACAUGAUGAAGAUGCUGAAUGGAGGCCUGAAUGUCAGAUCUCGGAGGAAGCACUAUCACAAUGGCAGGACAGAGAAAUGUGCUGCAGCGCCUGCGAGACCAAGUUUGAAGGUGACCAUUGGGAUCGUUUAUCCGAGACCUUGGAAACGCACAAGCCGGACGAGAAAACACUUGCCCUCGCUGGGCUGGUGUGUUCAGUGUUCAGUAAAUUUGCCCAGUUCAGCAUAUGGCACAUUGUAUCAACUGACGCUGAUGUUUUAAGUUUAAUGAAGGAAACGGAACGGAGGUGGUGGGCAGAAAGAGAGCCCAGACGACCAAAAUCACAGUCUCUCUGCAUGCUAUGCCAUGUGUUCGACUGUCCUACUCAUGGUGCCUAUCUGGAGGACGAUCUACCCAGCAGAAGCAGUAGUGAGGGUGGUCGAGGUUCACCAAAGACUGAUCAGGACUCGAGUAGCGAUUCUUCCGAGGAGGUUGAAACCAAGCAAAACAUCAGACAAACUGUAGCAUUACCAGAAAGACCCCGCCCGGAUGGGCAACAGCAUAUGUGCGGCUUCUUCUGCGUCGAUCCUCGGAUUCAGGACGAGGACAUACUCGGCCUUCACCAGAAUGGUGAGGUAAAGGGCACAUAUAACACGAAGAUCAAAGAAAUAGGGGAUCCAGGCUUCGCAGAUGAAGACACUUGUUCUGAAUCUUGCUUUUGGGAUCUUUCUAAUCGCUCAGGGCGUUCUAUCAAUGACCUGGUCCGCUCUAACCGCGACGAAAGAUUCGCUGACUGGACCGAAAAGGACAUCAAACUUUACAGAGCCAUGCUCGCGGCAUGUACUAGAAUCAGGAGAGGUCCUUGCAUCAUGGCUAUCACUGUUGCACGGCCCUGCAGUGUGAUUUUCCGGGAAAUUCUAUUCGACCUUCAUAGCACGCCGCACCCAGUCCCCAUCAGUGGGACGGAAAAUCCACAACCGCCUCUGACAAAUGGCUACAAGGAUAAGAACUACUGGUUUGAGUCUUCGCAGACCUAUGACCACCAUAAACGCCGACCAUUCGUGCCUUGCUCACAUGUCGGCCCAUGCCACAAAAACCCUGACUGCACUUGCUGGACUGGUAAGAUUGCUUGCGAAUGGAUCUGUGGAUGUGACCGAGCGUGUUCUCGCCGCUUUCAAGGCUGCAGAUGUGUCGCUCGAGGCGCCAAGGUCUGCUUCAAGGAUUCGAACUGUGAUUGCUGGAUCCUGAAUCGGGAGUGUGAUCCGUGGCUCUGUGGAAAAUGCGGCGUGCUUGAAGUCCUUGAUCCAGUCAACCGACACGAUGACAGCAUUCUCAAGGGACGGUGUAAGAAUGCUAUGAUCCAGCGUAACGUUCCCAAACGUACCCUGAAAGGCCCAAGUGAGGUUCAUGGCUGGGGCCUUUUUGCCGGUACAGACAUACGCGCGAAUGAAUUUAUUGGAGAGUACAAGGGCGAGGUGAUCAGCGAAGAGGAAUCCAACCGGCGCGGUCUGGUGUACCACUAUCGUGGAAUCGAGUACCUGUUCCGACUCAACAAAGAGCAAGAGAUCGAUUCAAGCAGGGCAGGAAACAAAAUGCGCUUCAUCAAUAACAGCGAACGCCCCAGCACCAUCAACAUCUAUCCCCAGCCGAUGCUUUGCAACGGAGUUCAGCGGAUUGGUCUCUUUGCCAAGAGAAAUCUUUCGGCGGGAGAAGAGAUGUUCUUCAGAUAUGGAUAUCCAGAAUCUGUCACAAAGCACUUCUGGGAGAAAGAAGAUCUUCAGGCCCGAAGAGCCUUGAGCAAUGACAAUGUGCUCGAUGGUAAUGAAGCAUCCAAGGCCGAGCGUAACAAGGGAAAGGGUGUCAAGGCUGCGGUAGUUGCUACCAAGCAAACGGCCAGGAAGGGGGUAAGCAGGCGGAUCAAGAAAGUGCUGCAGAGGCCUGGCGGCAAGGAGAGACACGCUCACUUCCUCGAUGACAUUGCUGAUGACGACGAGCCCGAGGCGUCAUCCUCCCAACCACUUUCCCACCCACUGCAUCGUUCCAAGAAACGAAAACGCAAUUCCAGCCCCGUUGUCGAUGAAACCGCAUUCGAUCUACCCGGAGCUGAAUCUAAGGACUCAAGAGAAGAAGAAGAAAGUGCACCCGGCCCAUCAGGGUCCAGCAUCGGCGCACGCACCGAAAUUGCUGAAUCAGACACCGACGAUGAAGAAUAUGAAGAAGACGAUUCGGAAGACGAUGCCUCGGAUGAUGACGAGGACGAGGACGAUGACAACUCCAUCGCCUCGGACGUGGAAGCAGACAUCUUCGAUGAAGAUUUGACGGUCAACCCAACUGCCCGCCGGCCGCGUGCCUCAACCUCAACCUCGGCCUCAGCUUCAGCUUCCGCCUCAGCCUCAGCCUCCCAAUCCCUCCUCUCCUCGCGGCAGAGCAGUUCCAGCAACAAAAGAAGCCUCCAGACCGCGGCAGCGAGAGCGGUAUCGCUAGAGAACCGGAGGAGGGCCAAGGAACGGAAGCGCGGCAUGAGUGAGGCUGGCGGUGGCAUGGGUACCGAGGUGGUGGAGCAUGGUCCCUCUGGUGCUGCUGCGGCAAGGCCCGUCAUCGGGUCGACCGGCUCAUCAGGCCCAAGGAGCGGUAGGGGGGCCAAAAAGUCGUCAGGUGGUAAGGACAGUGACUCGGUGAUCGCGCCGGGCAGGGGUAGUGGUAGGGGUAGGAAGAGGGGAAGACCGGUUGGGUGGAAGAAGGGCGUGCAUUUCAAGUGA